CCAAGGUUGCCUCAAGUUUAUGUAGUUGAUGAUGAUUGCGCUGAUAAUGAACUGAUACAUAUUUGCAAUUAGCAGGAAUCAUACAAUAUCAGUUCAUUGAUUGGUUGAUGACGACGACGGAAUAUGACAGCAAAAAGAGUCAAGUAUUUCCCAUCAGGACUUUUCAGAUAUCGACGAUAACUGACAUUUUCACAACGCAGAGGGCCCAUCAUUUUAUUUAUUUAAGCGUCAACAAAGCCAAGUUGAGCAGCAAGGGAGACAUUAGUAUUGCAUACAUAAUUAUUUACAAUAUUAUGGCACAGCUUAUAACCAAAACCUUUUAUCUUGGUAAUUUUAGUUCUAUUAUUUUUAGUCUGUUAGUAAUUCAAAGUUGCAAUGCAAAUAUAAAUGCAAGAAACGUAAAUUGGGGGAUACAAAUAGACAGCAUCAAAAGUACAGGAUUCUCGUUCGUUGAAAAAAGACUAAACGCUCCCGUUGGUUCACUUAUUGCGAGGUAUCCAGUUCUAGGAGUCAGUUCAGUAGAGUUGGUGGACGAAUCAGUCAGAAGUGUCAACAGCUUUGUUAAAGUCAAUCUCACUAAUUCAAACUUUCUCGAGUUUACCCUUGCGCGACCACUUUCUGAGUUUAGAGAAGAAAACUGGGCAGCUAGCAUUGAGGUCUCGUAUCGGAUAUAUUGUUCAUCGGCUGGUGUCGAAGCAUCAUUAUCGUCAUUAACUUACACUUUCAUGGUCAUUAUCCUCGAUGGCAACUCGUAUCCUCCUCAAUUUAGCCUGGACAACAUUUAUGAGAUUAAUGUAACACUUCCGUGGUCCGACUCAAAGUUAAAUAAGGAGCCUUUUAUCAUCACUGAUAGAGACAUAAAUUUCGAAUAUGCCAACAUUACUGCAACGUGCAUUGAGCAUGAAAAUUACGCCUCGUGUGACAAUUUCAACUUUGUACUGAACGAGCCAGCCAUGACGGAUGGAUAUGUGCACUAUGUGGACUUGUACUUUUCUGAAAAUAGUACAAUCAACAGUAAUCUCGAUGGGGUCGAAGUGGGGAGCAUAUUUUUAGUCGGGAUUAUGGCAAAUGAUUCUAUCCAUUAUGCGGAAAAAGUAAUUACCAUCACGGUGACAAAAAUUUUGCAAGGAAAGGCAGGAUUAGAUGGAGAAUCGUCGUCUAAAUUUCCUGUUGGACCAGUCGCUGGUGCUGGUACUGGAAUUGCCUUGUUAUUAGGACUUGGAUUUGCUUACACCAUGUGGAAAAAUCGCCAAACUAAAAAUAUUCUAAGGAAAUUAACCGAAACGGAAAUUCGAGAGUUUUUGGAUGGAACUACAGGAUUUGGAGUUGGAAUUCCAAAAAGAUCGGUGGACUGCAAUACUCCAAUCCUGGCACUCCCUUACAACAAGGCGUUUGAAAUUCCCAGGGAUUUAUUGCGUAUUGACGAAACCACAGUACUUGGCAGCGGAUUCUUUGGAAUCGUGAUGAAAGGGAGCGUGCUGAAUGAAAGGAGCGGAGAAAGUGUAACGGUGGCGGUGAAAGCCGUUAAACGAAACGUUGGCGUGCUUUAUUUUAAAGCACUCUUAAGCGAGCUAAAGAUAAUGGCCUUCAUUGGAAAACAUAACAAUAUUGUAAGCUUAGUCGGCGCAUGCACGCAUAGCAUUCGAAAAAGAGAAGUGUUUAUUGCUGUAGAGUUUUGCGCACUUGGAAAUUUGCACAAUUACCUGAGAUCUUACCGCACAAGCUUUGUUAAUCUUAUCAAGGAUGGUAAAUUGUGUGCCUUCAGUGGAAAUUAUGCUUACAACCGGAAAGGAUCAUACACUAAGCAAAUUACUACCCUAGAGUUGAUUAAAUGGUCGACACAAAUUGCUAACGGGUUGGACUAUUUGAGCAGUGUCGGGGUAAUUCAUGGUGAUCUUGCAACGAGGAAUAUUCUUCUAGACGAAAAGAUGGUAGCAAAAAUUGCAGAUUUCGGGUUAUCUCGACGUCUCAUUGAUGUGUCCAGUUACUACUACACGAAACAAUCACAGGCUCCUCUCCCGUGGAAAUGGAUGGCUAUCGAGUCGCUAAAGGAUAUGAAGUUUUCGGUUAAGUCUGAUAUUUGGUCGAUGGGUAUUGUAUUUUGGGAGAUUUUCAGUUUAGGUCAAACACCUUACCCCGGACUAAACUGGGAAGAGACAUUUGUAGACAGACUCGAGAAAGGUUUGAGACCUCCACAGCCGCAAUAUUCGACAGACGAAUUGUAUGAAGUAAUGAGAGACUGCUGGACGGAAGAUCCUCACCAUCGACCUGCCAUUUUUGACAUCAAACGAAUACUGGAAGCUAUGGCCAACGCUUUGUUAAAUCAGGGUUCCGGAGGUGGAUAUGUACGGGUCAUCGGUGACGAUAAAACCUUAUACAUCGGCGACUCUGAGAUAACCGCGCCACGCGUUAAUGACAUGAAGGACGAGGGGAACUACGUGUACGGGAAGCUCAAUCAGGCUGAUUGCUGAGAAUAUUUACAAUAAUGAUUCGACAUAAUUUAUCACUUUAAAAUCAAAACAAUGUUGGCCAUAAACUUGAAUAUUUGUUAAAGGUUA